AUGAUGAUGAUGGACAUGGGCAUGUACGGGACCUACGGCAAGCCUGACUCAUACCCUAACUACGUGUUCUCGGGUCAAGGAAAUCAUCAUCACCAUCAUCAUCACCAGUCAUCAUCCGUCGGCGGUCACGUGUCCGUGCCAGCCUCCCCGGAGAUAGUUCCAACUCAUUACUACCCCCAGACAGCAGUGGCGCCGUAUUCCUCGUCGUCCUCGGAGAGUUUCCCAACCGCCGAGUCGGGCGCGUCGUCCAGCACGCCACCUCAGGGCUUCUACUCACCGACGGGCGCCGUUCUCCACGAGGAUGGCGCCUCCACUACGGCGAUAAUCUCCUCGGAGAACGGUCUGAGUUACACCAAUCUGGAUUACGCGUCCUCAUCGUACACGAAUCAACAGCAACACGCGGUAACCUCGGUGGACCCGCACCAGAACUACCACGUUCAGCAGUCCGCCUACCGGGACGAUCACCAUCACCAUCACCACCAUCACCAUCCGCCGCCAGCUGCCACCAACCUCCAUCAAACCACAGUACCUCAAGCUAGUCACGCGAGAACGGAGCACGAUCAGCAACUUCAUCAUCAGUCCUCUAGUCAUCACCACCACCACCACCACCAUCACGACCCCGAUUACCAAAUAGCCGUUGGCGGUACCUCGAACUAUCUUCACCAAUUGCCGUCGUCGGACGAGCCUUUGCAGUACCACACGCAGAUUCGGCAGAGCGAGUUCUCCGCGCACCAGCCGGGGCAUUACAAGGAGGAGAACACGGACGCGACGACCUAUCACGUUCUGCAGCAGUCCGGCCAUCCGCAUCAGCACGGGCACCAUCAUCAGCAGCAGCAUCCGCACCAUCCGCAACAGCAGCAACAGCAGACGCAAGUGCCGACGUACAAAUGGAUGCAGGUCAAGCGAAACGUACCGAAACCAGUCGCGACGAAAGCAAACCCCAACGUCGAGUUCGGUAGCGGCGCGACCGCAGGGGCGAGCUCGUCGGUGUACGCGACCGCCGCCAGUGGAACGGUGAAUUGCAUCGUCGGCUCGCUGGCCGGGAUCCCGGGUAGCUUCAAUAACACCGGUCGCACGAAUUUCACGAAUAAGCAGCUCACCGAGCUCGAGAAGGAGUUCCAUUUCAAUAAGUACCUGACGCGAGCGAGACGCAUCGAAAUCGCGUCCGCGCUGCAGCUCAACGAGACGCAGGUAAAGAUCUGGUUCCAGAAUAGGCGAAUGAAACAGAAAAAGCGUAUGAAAGAGGGUCUGAUACCAGCGGAUAGCACUAACGUGACGCCACUGAGCGGUGCCAGAAGUAGCAGCAAUUCCCCGACAGGCUCGUCCAGCCACGAAACUCUCGGUGGCCUCGGUCUGUCCAGCUUCACCAGCGACAACAGCAGGGAAUCCCCGCCGUCUUCCAAGGAUUGA